AAUAUUUGUUUUGACAGUGAAAGGAAAGAAGGGUGCGCGCGGGGAAAUGGGACCAAAGGGUUCUCGAGGUCGACCGGGACGACCUGGGCCAGCAGUAUUCUUUGAUUCUGAAGAAAUUGUGAUCACUGUCAAGGGACAAAAGGGAGAACCGGGACCUGAGUAUACAUUUGUAAAGGAAAUAAACUGCGAUAAGGAUAAAUGUGGCCAGUACAUCCAAGGUCCAAAAGGGGAACCCGGGCAAAACGGUAACCGGGGUGCCCCGGGAACUGUGGGGUUACCUGGUCCGCCGGGAACCCCGGGAAAACCUGGAGUGAUACUUGAUCCAGAGACAGGAUUGCCUGUUGAUCCUCCGAAGGGUGAAAGAGGAUACCCAGGAAUGGACGGGAUGGACGGACAGAAGGGAGAGCCCGGACCGGAAGGACAGCGAGGAGUAAUGGGUCCCCCUGGACAAAAGGGCGAAAGAGGGGUUACCGGAUUGAUAGGUUUUCCCGGAAUGAAUGGGGCACCAGGACCCAUCGGACUACCAGGCAUGGGUAUGCCAGGGCCACGAGGUAGCCCGGGACGAGAUGGCGCGAAAGGAGAAACAGGCGAUAAGGGUCGAAUGGGCGAUCGAGGUAUUCAGGGUCCAAAAGGAAUGGAUGGUCCAAUGGGAGAUGAUGGAGUUCCAGGACCCCCGGGACCGAAGGGCUCUAAAGGGAACAGCAUUAUGGGCCCACCAGGUCCGCCAGGACCACCGGGGCCCAAAGGGGAUGCAUCCAUGAUGGAGGUGAUUCUUAGACCCGAGAAAGGAGACCAAGGAGCUCCGGGUCCACCAGGACCCCCAGGGGAUUCAGGUGCAUUUGAGGGCAUUAAGCGAGAACCUGGACAAGCUGGGGAACCUGGAGCGAAGGGUGAAAGAGGAGUUGAUGGAAGGAAUGGAACUAAAGGACAGAAAGGAGAUGCUGGUACCUCCCCUGGGCCUCAAGGUGCCAAAGGAGAAAAAGGCGAGAGUGGAGAUUUUUGUAAUUGUAACUUUACCAAAGGGGACAUCGGACCCAUGGGUCCUCAGGGACCCCCCGGUCUUCCUGGGUUGCCGGGCAACAAUGGAAAGAAUGAAAGCGGGGAGCCAGGAGACAAGGGGGAGCCUGGGCCAAAAGGAGAAAAGGGUAAACCUGGGUCUUUAGGCUUUCCUGGAGUGAGAGGGAAAAAAGGAUCACAGGGAGAAGAAGGACCGCAAGGGCCUGUGGGGGAUACCGGAGAGAGGGGUCAGAAAGGAGAACAGGGCUCUCAAGGAGAAAACGGUUUGAAAGGAGAAAAGGGAGAUCAAGGCGUUGGACUCAAAGGUGAAGCAGGGGAGCCUGGUGAGACUGGUCCGCAGGGCCCACCAGGACCUCCCGGUCCAACCGUCCCAGCAAUCACCGAAAAGGGAAGCAAGGGAGAACAAGGAAAUAACGGUUCUCAAGGAGAACGAGGACCGCAGGGAGAAAAAGGCGAGCAAGGGAGUAUUGGUUUUCCCGGUAGAAAGGGUGCCACAGGACGACCAGGCCCGAUUGGAUUUCCUGGUAAGAAAGGUGAACCAGGCGCUCAAGGCCCCAAUGGUGAGGGAGUGCCUGGAGCCCAGGGUCCCGCGGGACAAAAGGGUGAGACAGGAUCCAAAGGAGACCAGGGAAAACGCGGAACCAUUGGAUUUCCAGGUUUAAAGGGCAUAAAAGGCGCUAAGGGUGAUGAGGGUAGGAAUGGCACUGAUGGGCAGAAGGGGGAGCCUGGUGAAAGCAUCCAAGGACCACCCGGGCCUCCGGGGCCUCCGGGGCCCCCUGGUGUAACAACGGAGACAAAUACUGGAGGAGAAUCCUCAGCUCAGAUUUCUGCACAAAAAGGCGACAAGGGUGAAAUUGGAAGGAUUGGUUUUCCGGGCAAGAAAGGAGAAAAGGGGACCAUCGGGGAGCAAGGCAUCAAAGGAGAGAAAGGGGAAGAAGGACAGGACGGAAAAACCGGAAGAUUGGGAUUCCCAGGGAAAAAGGGAGACCCGGGGGAAAAGGGAGAGCGUGGAUUUAAUGGAACGACAGGACCUCAGGGCAUUACGGGUCCGCCUGGUAGCCCUGGGGAAGUGGGACGCCAGGGGCCCAUUGGUUUCCCUGGACGUAGAGGCAACACGGGUACCCCAGGCCCUCCCGGGCCCCCGGGACCUCCAGGAACCCCUGGACACAAGGGAGAACCUGGUGAAGAGGUUUCCAUCGGAUCCACAGAGGGAGUGAAUGGCAAUGGAGGCAAAGCCAAAGGAGAAAAGGGGGAUCAAGGCGAGAUUGGCAAACCAGGUUCCCAGGGAGAGAAAGGAACAAAUGGAACCAACGGGAUAAAAGGAGAAAAGGGGGAACAAGGAGUUGGUGAGAAGGGUCAAAAAGGUGAUAAUGGCAUCGCAGGAAAGAAGGGAGAGGCGGGAGUAGGAGGUGAAAAGGGGACCAAAGGAGAACAAGGGGUCCAGGGAAAACAGGGGCCUGAAGGUCCCGAAGGUCCUCAAGGUCCCCCAGGAGAGACUGGUGAACCAGGUGAUCCAGGGGAGACUGGGAAUACAGGACAAAAAGGACAGAAGGGGGAGAGUGGAGACGAUGGGAUAAAGGGAGAAUCUGGACAAGCAGGGAACGAUGGAGUCAACGGAACCAAGGGGAGUAAGGGUCAAAGAGGCGGCCUAGGUUUCCCCGGACUCAAAGGUGCAACAGGAAGCAAGGGAGAGGCUGGAAUACAAGGAUUGCAAGGAUUAAAGGGAGAGCCAGGGAAUUCAACUGAAGGACCAAUAGGACCGCAAGGACCGUCGGGAAUUCCUGGUAACCCAGGCCCUCCGGGACCACCCGGAAUAUCUGGUCCUCCUGGGACCCCAGGGAAAGAUAGCGAUGUUUCUGGUCCUCCGGGGCCACCAGGACCUCCAGGACCCCCCGGAGAAAAUGCAGAGAUUGGCUUUACUAAUGGGCAGACAGAUAAUUCAGGGGUGCUGGUAUUUGAUACCCAAGACAGACUUAUCCGUAUUGUAGAGAAAGUGAAACAAGGCACCAUGGCUUUUGUCAUCUCCGACCAGAUGUUAUAUAUAAGGGCCUUACGCGGCUGGAGAGCGAUCACGCUUGGUCCAACCAUCUUCGCGGGUCCAACAGAGGCUUCCCAAACGACGAAACUCUCCACUACCAAGCCUCCUACGAAUCUCAUUUUGUCUCCAGCAAACGUCAAACUACGAGGACCAUAUGUGCGCAUGGUCGCCCUCGAUACACCGCAGACCGGUCAGAUGCACAGCGUGAGGGGUGUGGAUGAAAUGUGCUGGCGGCAGUCCCGUGCUGCCAAUUUAACCGGAGCAUACCGAGCUUUUAUUUCUAACAGGCUCCAACAUGUUUAUUCAAUCAUCCACAGAGAGGACAGAGAUCUCCCUGUUGGCAACCUUCAGGGAGAUCAGCUGUUUCCUUCUUGGAGAUCCUUAUUCAAGUUACAAUAUGCAUUUAAUCCUGAUAUCCCAAUAUAUUCAUUCAAUGGAUCAAACGUUCUAGAAGACCCAGCUUGGCCCCUCAAGCACAUCUGGCACGGAUCGCGAAAAAAUGGCCACAAGUACCGAUUUAAUUGUCGAAGCUGGAUGAGCAGCCGCUCCAAGGACUCCAGUACGGCCUCGGCCUUGAAUGGCCGAGAGCUAGCCUUGGCCGAGCGCGAGUUUCCUUGCAGCAGUAAUCUAGUGGUGUUGUGUGUGCAUAUAAACCCCACACUACGCCGCCGAUACAGAUCUCGCCAUAAAAAGGUUUUGUGAAGAAUUGUUCAAACAGAAAUGUUCAGAAAAAAAGAGCAAAAGGAGGAGAUUGGGCACUAGUCAAGUUUUGGCUCACCAUUGCGCAGUCUCCGAGGUGUCGAUACCGC